AUGAACAAUGUCGGCGGACCAUACUCAACAGCCGUCUUUAAAUUCCAAGAUAGUCGCAGCCGCCCAGUUCUGCAUUCUGUAGCUGUGGCACUGGUAUUAAAGGUCAUUACCACUGUUCAGAGGAAACUACGAGCGCUGUGGGCACUGGUGAAGGACUUCCCUGUCCCGGCAGGGGCACACUGGCUCCUCGGACACCUGGUGUUACUGGCAAAUGGUGAACGGGAAUUCGACAAGAUCGGACUAGAAUGGGCAGUCCAAUAUCCAUACGCCUACAUCUUCAAACAUGGUCCACUAGAGGGCGUAUUGUCGGUGAAUCACCCAGACUAUAUCAAAGCAGUGCUACAGCGGCCAGAUAAAAAGGAUGAACGAAUCUACGGACUGCUGAGACCCUGGCUAAGUUAG